ACCAAGGGAGGAAGGAAGAAAUCAGCUGUACAUGACGGUGCUCCCUAUGGUUCCUCAUCCUGAGAUACUUAUGACACCUCUGUCUCUCUGGAUUGCUCACACGCUCCUGUUUAGCCAAGCUUGCUCUGUCCACCACAUGACAUACAGCUAGACACCUAUUUCUCUGGUACAGGUUCACUGCAUUGUAAAGAUGUGUUCCAUCUGCGGCUUGAAAUAUCUGCCUGUGGUCAUGAUUCUUCUGGCAGUAGUGAGCACGCUGGCCAACCUGCUCCUGCUUUUCCCUGGACUCACUUAUAAAUACCUGUUUGAAAAUCAUGUCACUCCAGAGGCCACAUGGUGCACAGGAAUAUGGGCUUCUGGAUUUGUAGUGCUUGUGGCGGUUCGUGGCUUUGCAUCCAAUGAUACAAAAACAGGAUGUUGUCAGUUCCAAGCUGAUAUGCUGUGUCAGAUAGUCUACUCAUGUGUGGCUGUGGUUGGAGCUGGCCUCUGUUUCCUGUUCAAUUGUACAGGACUAACAAAAGGACCACUAUGUCUGCACAAUGGAACUGAGGGUCUGCAGUGGAAGAGACCCCUCAGACUUAUGAAUCUGGAUGCAACAAGUUACCUGUAUGAGCCAGAGAGAUGGGCCUCUGCCUGUGAGGAGCCUCGUAAUGUUGUGGUGUGGAACAUUGUUCUCUUCUCUACUAUCAUGGCUGUCAAUGGACUUCAGGGUGUAUUCUGUGUUGUGCAGAUCCUCAAUGCUGUACAUGGUGUGAUAUUUGGACCUAGUAAGAACAAGGUUGUUCAUGCUUAAAGAACACAAGGACUGAUUUAAUCCCUAAAACAGAUUAAAUGCACCUUCACUUUUCUAUGGAUGUAGUGUCUACACAAUCACGAUGGAUAAUUCCUGUAUCCAGAAUUGUGGAGAUAGACUCAGCCCUUUUUUGCUGGGUCAGUCCUGUUCUCUCUGCUCUCAGGGUGCAACCCAGGACACAACACCAGUUUAGAAGAGCUCAGCAUUUACAUUUCCUAUGUAUUUCUUUGAUAUUGAAUGUUCUGUUUUCAGUACAUAAAUAUCACUGAUUCAGUACUUCAGUAUCUCCAGUCCAGUGUAGAUAAAAUACAGUGCCACAUGUGCAGGAAAAUGAAAGGAAAUUAAGCUUACAAUUCUUCACCAAAAGCAAAAAUGAUUUUUCUUGUUUUCACCAGCCGAAAAUGGUUUAAGCUGAACUUUAUGUUUUACUGUUACAAUACACAAGAGGUCACUAGCUGCACUCUCAAUAUUUUUACUCAAGACAAGGUUGGAGAAAGCAGAAGCAAAAAAUAUUUAUCAAUGAAACAUUGUGUAAGGUUUUUCAACAGGGAUCUCAAUUAGCACAGAAAGUAGAAAUCUAUGUGUAUGCACUGCAUAUUGUUCUAAAAUUGUAUGUAUGGGAGUGUGUGUUUACUUAUGAAUGUAAAGUAUUUAAUUAUGGCAUAAAUUUCUAUGUUGUGAUUUUGAUUAUGUUAUUCAUAUUAUGUUAUUUAUAUUUAUGCUCACAUAGAUGCACAGUAUAUUAAUGCAGUACUAAUCUGGACAUUAUAUUAUAUGAUUUAAGUUGUAUUUAACAUAAGUAUUUAAUAUGAACUAAUGUCGUAUGUAUGUACAUAACAGUUUUGUCCAGAAAUAUUAAUAAAGAUAUUUACAGAA